AUGGAUGAACAUUCGCGCCUGUUGGUGAUCGAUGAAAACGAGACGUCGUCUUCGUCGUUCGCGGAAGAUUUUGAGUCGACGACGACUUCAAAUCAUGAGCGUUCAUCUUUUUAUCCGUCUUUCAUCAACGUCUCCGUGCUGAAAUCGAUCGCGAUCGCGACCGUUUCCGUCGCCGCGUUCUCCCUCGCGCUUCUCAAAGCAUCCUCCACCGCCUCUGUCGGGGAAAAGAACUCGCAAAGUUACAGCCUCUUGGGACUCUCAGAUUUAGCGCACUUGGGCUCACACCGCCGCCGAUCGACGUCGUUUUCGGACAUCAUCGAAACGAGAAACAUGUUACUCCCGGAACAGAAAAGAAUGCCGACGCAUUUGACCACGUGGAGCGAACAGGAAGGGUGGAAAUCGUGGACGAUCGCGCAAAACGGGUACGCGGAGAACAUCGACGAUCGAUCGACUGGAGCGCUGAUGUUUUUAGACGCGAUCAUGCCGAGAGAGUUUGGUGAUAGAUUUACGAAAGGGAAAGACCCGUUCCAUUUCGCGUGGGUGACGCAAGAUUAUCCGCAGGAUAAGUGCGUCGGCGAGUUGAACGGGUGCCCGACGCUGCCGAGUAAGAUGUUUUCGUUCGGGACGGUACCGAAGGAUAAGUGGAAAGUGAGCGGGUUAGAGCAAGCUCCGACGUUGCCGUUUGCACCGUGCAUUGCGCACGCGUACGAUUCGAAGAAGUUUGAACAGUGCGAGUGGUUUUCCCAGGAGAAAGAGGAUCCGGAUUUGCCGAUGUGCGCGAGCGGGAAGAGAUUGGAUAUCGUCGAGCGCGGCGAAAACGGGGAGACUUUUGACGAGAUUUUCGAUAACUUGAUCGAUAAGGUGGUGUGGAGAGGUUCAGAUUGGCACUAUUUGGAGCAAUACGCGGAUAUUGGGACCGUUGAUGCGAAUAGGUUUACGCAACACGCGGGUUUGUGCGAACCGGGAGUGGACGUGGAUAAAAUCAAAAGAGAGGUGUUCCGACAAGGCAUUCCGGGCGAUUUACAAGGCGAAGCGUGGAAUUGCCCGCCGAGAUUGAGAGCGGUUAUUUUAUCUGCGUUGGAGCCAGACAAAUUUGACUGUAAGUUUAGCGCGAACAACAUGAGGUCGCCGCAGUCGAAUUGCUUAGAGAACAAGUUGCCAAUGUUCGAUCGCGAAAAGUUGUACGACAACUGCGAUUUUGAGAAGUUCAAGUUCUUGUUGGACAUUGGAGGCGGGGGUGGUACGUCGUGGUUAUCCACGUUUAAGUUUCUGGCCAUGCCGGGCGUGUUGUUUCACCACGAGACGGCGAUGAGAGAUUCAUUUUACGACGACGUCAAGCCGUGGGUACAUUACGUCCCGAUCAUGGAAGACAUGUCCGAUUUGAAGAAGCAAUACAUUUGGGCGAUGAAUAAUCCGGACGAGAUUAAAGCGAUUUCUAAAAGAGCCACGCAGUACACGAAAGAUGCCAUCAAACCGAACGGGUUGAAGCAGCACGCGCAACACUUUGUGAAGGUGAUGCAAAAAUAUAUCGAUUCAUACUCGGUGGACCCGGAGGACAAGGAUUUGACGACGCAAGAAUUCGUCGCGAAGUACGGCGCGGGUGAAAUUUCGGUAUCUCCGUAUACCGGUGUCGGGGACGUGUAUGGAUCGGAAUAG